CACAAUCUUUCCCCAUUGCUCGUUUUUUUUAUCAAUAAGCGAUUUAAGCCCUAAGCCAUUUUUUAAUUUGUCAUCUUUUCCAUUGCUCUCUCCAACCAGCGGCGGAGUAUACUCGUUUCUUCCCUUUCUCACUGCGUUUUCUCCCUUUGGCGGAGUAUACUCAUUUUUUAAUUUCCCCAUUGCUCGUUUCUUCCCUUUGGCGAACAUUGAGCGGCGGGAGUCGUUCCAGCGGCGGCAAUCUAUUACCUGCGGUCGAAAUCGCAGCAGGAAAGCAGGAGUAGUUUAUUUAGAUUGGCACCUUAGCUGCAGAGAUGAUUCGUCGUACUUCUAGAUUGUUCACUGCAGUACUUGGGUCAUUUGUUCUGCUUGCUUUGGCAUCCUACAUGCAUUGCACCUAGUCAGGAAUAUAAGCUCAAUUACUUGGAUUGUAGGUCAGUCAUUGUUGGGGAAUUUUGGCAUCAAUUCAUCUAAUUUUCUGGGAGCAUCACAUGAGAUGGCAACAACGAUGACUUGCAAUAAUUUCUUAUCUCUGCAGCAAAGGACGUUCAUACAAAUGAGGACUAACCUUAAGGUUGUAGAUAACUCGGGGGCAAAGCGUGUAAUGUGCAUACAAGCUUUGAAGGGGAAGAAAGGAGCAAGACUGGGAGACACAAUAAUAGCAUCAGUGAAGGAAGCCCAACCUCGUGGAAAAGUCAAGAAAGGGGAUGUUGUCUAUGGUGUAGUUGUGCGUGCUGCCAUGCAGCGGGGCCGUUGUGAUGGGAGUGAGAUCAAGUUUGAUGAUAAUGCAGUGGUUCUUGUCAACAAACAAGGAGAGCCAAUUGGUACUAGAGUAUUUGGUCCAGUUCCACAUGAGCUAAGGAAGAAGAAACAUGUUAAGAUCCUUACUUUGGCAGAGCAUAUUGCUUGAGAUAAAUUUCCCUUCAGGAUUUUAGUUGCCUUUAAUUGAUUGUUCUAAUCUAAAGACAAAAAAGAACAGUACAGGACUUUCAGUGGUUAAGUCUAAAUUAAUGUAUUUUGGCCAUCUUUCUUGCUGCCAGUGAAGUUUGAACAGUUUCUGUAGAAAAGGAUUUCAGAUGGGGUUGUAUUCUAGUAAAGUAGGAUUGCCAUGAAAACUGUGGCUUGUGCUUGUUUUUGGACAGCCUUUUUUUAACUAUUCUUUGCCAUCUAGGGUGCUGAUGUUGCCAAUAGAGGCCAUUGCUAUGUCCAUUUGUCCAUUCAUUCCCUCUUUCCCCAGGCCUUGUGCAGAACGUUCCCCUAUUCGGUUAUAGUUCUUUCUACAAGGAAGAAUCUGGUGGCAUUUUCUUUUA